GCAGCGUGGUUGUUGUCGUCACGUGACAGCUGGUGUUUGAGUGUUUUGUUGUUAAAUGAUGAAACGUUUAGAAACAGCUGAGCUGACCUGAGAUCAGCGUGUUUGUGUGAACCAGCAGUCAGUCAGUGAGUGAGUCCGUGUUCAGACUGUUCGCAGAUCAGUGUUUAAACUCGUUUUAACGUCAGUCUGAGCUACGGAAGGAGGAAGUGGACUCACGGCUGUUUUCAGUAUGCGGCGACAGAGAGGAUCUCACCUGGGCCUGCUGCUCCUGGGCUCCCAGCUGAUGCAGGUGGGCCUGGACAACAUCCCCCCGGUCACGCUGGCUGUCCUGGGACUCAACGUGUACCUUUACCUGUUUCCUGCAGCUCCACUGAUGCAGGCCUGUGUGAGCGUCCAGCAGGCGUACUGGUACAAAGACUGGCGUCGCCUCUUGCUGUCUCCACUGCACCACGCGGAUGAUUGGCACCUCUACUUCAACAUGGCGUCCUUCCUGUGGAAAGGUAUCAGGCUGGAGCGGCGGCUGGGUGGAGCCUGGUUCGCCUACCUGCUGUCAGUCUUCUCUCUGCUCACCGGAUUGGUCUAUCUGCUGGUGGAGGCAACGUUAACAGAGCUGACCCAGGAUCAGUCCUACAGCAUGGCCUGCGCUGUCGGCUUCUCAGGGGUCCUGUUUGCUCUGAAGGUGCUCAAUAACCAUUACCACCCCGGAGGUGUGACCUAUGUGAUGGGCUUACCUGUGUCUAAUCGCUAUGCCAGCUGGGCAGAGCUGGUGCUGAUCCACAUAACAUCACCUGGGACCUCGUUUGUUGGUCACCUGUCUGGAAUCCUGGUCGGUCUUCUCUACACUGCCGGACCGCUGAAGACCAUCAUGAAGAAAUGUGCAGGGUUUGCGGCUUCGAAUGGAUACAGCUCCGGUCCCAGUGCAUACUACACCUCUGCAGGCUACAGCGGCGCUCAUGGAGGAUACUCCGGAUACGAUCAGCAUGCGCCAGGUCACACAACAAAUCCUUCAGCACCUCACAUGGGUGGACUGACGGAGGAAGAGCAGCUGGAGGCAGCCAUUCGAAACAGUCUGAAUGACAGAGGACAAAACAACCGGAGAGAUGCUCCUCCUGCUCCUCCUCCGUACGGUUUCAACCUCUCCGAUGAAGCGAGAGCUGAGGAAAUCCGGCAGAGGAGGCUGAGGAGGUUUGACAGCUGAACUGUCAAAUAAGACAGAAGAGAAGGUGACGAGACAGAAGAAGCCCGGUCCAAACUCUGCUUCCUCAGGCUGAGGAAGAGGUCUAACCACACAGAGCUCUUUCACUGUGUGGUUCUUUAUGUUAAUGUGCCUCUGAGUGUUCCCAAAGAGUUCAUGUAAGCUGUGGAGAGCUGCUUUAAUGCUGCUUAGACACUUAAGUGUUCUGAUUGACAGCUCCUGAUGGAGAACUAAGAGGAAAGUUUAGGAGAAUCUGUAAUUUUCUGUUGUUACAGCACUUAAAGUCGGACUGGAGAUCAUAUUAGAUUCUAGUUAUGUAAACCGCCAAAGAGGAAAUUCUUUUUCUCCAUCCAGACCACAUCAGACCAGGUCUAGGUAUCAUAUUUAGACUAGUCUGGACUAGAUUUGACCGAGUAGAUUAGUGAAAUCUUUCUCCAUGUAGACCAAGUCUGCUUAAAACCUCGCACACAUCAUAAAACAUCGUAAUGCCCGACGUGCAGAGCUGGAUUUGUGUCAGUCGGCUCUGAUCUAGUGUGAGUGCAGCAGUUUUGACUUCUGUGGUCUGGAGAGAGAAAAGCUGUGAAUUCUGUCCUCUCUUUGAAACAGUGCUUUUAAACUUCAAAAGGCGAUAUUGAGGAAACUUGUGGGCUCGCUUCAGGCACCAACGAAGCUGGAAGUUAAAUUUUUAAUGUGGACGAGCGGGUUCGGCCUGAAUGAUGCUUUUGAACUUUGAGCUCUCUCCACGCUGUUUCGUGACGUCCGGACUCAUUCCUUCUUUCUUUUCAGAUCACCAAAAACACAACUCUGUAUUGUGCUAAACACUCAUACAUAAGCAUCAGCAGACUGCCACAGCUGAUGGACGUCAGACAGCAUCAAAGGGUCGCAUCGUCACGGAGGCCCGGCUGUGAUAAAUGAGUCUGUGAACCACGUUAUGUAUUAAUGAUGAUAUUAAAGACUGUCAAACACGUAA